UCUUUGUCUGUUUUACAAAGAAUACAAAAACAAACCUACUCUAGUCUAUUGUUCACAUUACAUGAUGAGUUCAUUUAGCCAAAAUAACAAUAUUUUAGUUUUGUUGCUUGUUUUCACUUUCUGGACAUGCCAUGCAGUGUCUCGCAGGUUGCCUGACGCCUUCUCAUCCGAGAGACAUGAGAAGUGGAUGGCACAGUAUGGUAAGGUGUACGAGGAUGCUGCCGAGAAGGAAAAACGGUUCCAAAUAUUCAAGAACAAUUUGCAGUUCAUUGAGUCCUUCAAUGCUGCUGGGGACAAACCUUUCAACCUAAGCAUUAACCGAUUUGCCGACCUCCAUAACGAAGAGUUUAAGGCUUUACUAAUUAAUGGUCAGAAGAAGGAACAUAGCGUACGGACAGAAACAGAAACAUCAUCGUUUAGGUAUGACAGUGUCACUGAGAUUCCUGCUACCGUGGACUGGAGGAAAAAAGGUGCUGUUACUCCGAUCAAGGACCAAGGCACAUGUCGAAGUUGUUGGGCAUUUUCAACU